AAUAUCGUAUAGAGAAGAAAGGUUUACAGAAGGUUGGGAAGUAGUACGCCCGGUUCACGAGGUUCUACCACUGCAGGACCCAAUUCUCGCCAAAAGAAGAGUCUCUUUCGUUAUAGCCAUAGAGAAGUCAACCGCAAACAAUGCCUGUCCCAUUCCGUUGUUGGUCAACAACCAACCACCUAACCAUACUUUAACCACCAUUUCUAGAGGCUUGACGGAGUUAAGCUGUCUGGAGAGAAUCAUUCAAAAUCAAACUUUCGAUAUGCAACGAAUCCGACGACUCUUUUUAUUUGAUGAGGAAAGUCUGAAUACAACUUCCAGUGAUGCUACAACUCUGAGUCAAUCGACGACGACUAUUGACGAUUAUAGUCUUCAAUCGUCCAGUACUCAGGGUUGUUCCGGUGGGAUUUUUGAAGAUCACCCUGGUCUUAACCCUUCAAGUGAGCUUAUAGUCGAACUUCACCAUGAUAUCCACGAAAAAUUGGGAGAGUUGAUGGUGGGCAGAAGUCCCGACGAUGUUCUGGUUGCGGCCGAAGCUUUACACGCGGAAAGCGACAAUACCGCCUUUCUGCAGUACCUUUUGAAUGAUUUGAGCGAAAACGGAGUACAAAGUGAAGCUUAUCACGAUGCUCUUCAUCUAGCGGGACUGAUCCCCAGCCCACUUGAGCAAUUUUCCAUUCUCCCAUUGAUUCCUAUGAAAAUAGGAAACUUGUAUUUCUCAUUCACAAAUCCAUCUUUGUUUAUGCUGCUAACUCUCAGUUUGGUCCUACUUCUGCUUCAUUUUGUUACUAAAAAGGGAGGAGGAAACUCAGUACCAAAUGUUUGGCAAUCCUUGGUAGAGCUUCUUUAUGAUUUCGUGCUGAACCUGGUAAACGAACAAAUAGGUGGUCUUUCCGGAAAUGUGAAACAAAAGUUUUUCCCUUGCAUCUUGGUCACUUUUACUUUUUUGUUAUUUCGUAAUCUCCAGGGUAUGAUACCCUAUAGCUUUACAGUUACAAGUCAUUUUCUCAUUACUUUGGGUCUUUCAUUUUCCAUUUUUAUUGGCAUUACUAUAGUGGGAUUUCAAAAAAAUGGGCUUCAUUUUUUAAGCUUCUCAUUACCUGCAGGAGUCCCACUGCCGUUAGCACCUUUUUUAGUACUCCUUGAGCUAAUCCCUCAUUGUUUUCGCGCAUUAAGCCCAGGAAUACGUUUAUUUGCUAAUAUGAUGGCCGGGCAUAGUUCAGUAAAGAUUUUAAGUGGGUUCGCCUGGACUAUGCUAUGUAUGAAUGAUCUUUUAUAUUUCAUAGGAGAUCUUGGUCCUUUAUUUAUAGUUCUUGCAUUAACCGGUCUGGAAUUAGGGGUAGCUAUAUUACAAGCUCAUGUUUUUACGAUCUUAAUCUGUAUUUACUUGAAUGAUGCUAUAAAUCUCCAUCAAAAUUCUUUCUUUUUUAUUUAUAAUUGAACAAAAGCGAGGUAUUUAUGCUUAAGUCAUCGCUUCAAAUCCGAUAACUAACGCUUUUCUUUUUUUCGGUAUGCCGCUCCGCCUGCAAGGAGCGAAAACAAAAUGAGUCUGUGGUGAUGUCAGAUUUUUGGCUUUUUCAAUUCUUUCUCUUUCUUUUCUGCUCUUCGCUUUACUUCCUUUUUCGCUUCGUUUUCCA